CAGGAUUGCGUCAAUUCGGGUUUCAGCCACGUCUGGAGUCUCGGAGACGAGCUUUUCAGAAGAGCCAAAACAGGAACAGGGGUGGCAAAUCAUUGUGCGAGGGCGAGUGGACCUCCCUCUUCGCCUCCUCCCUGCUCCAGGCGCGGGUCCCCUGGGCUCUGCGCUGCUGUUUUCAGCACUCAGGAAAGCCGGCGUUUCAGAUCCAGGAAAGUCAAUCUAGCCAGGGAGUUUUCCGUUCAGCACCUCGGACAGAACACGCAGCAAAAAAAUGGCUCCGAUCGCUACCAGCCGGGAAGAAUUUGAUGAAAUCCCCACGGUAGUGGGGAUCUUCAGUGCAUUCGGACUUGUCUUCACUGUCUCUCUCUUUGCAUGGAUCUGCUGUCAGAGAAAAUCAUCCAAGUCUAACAAGACUCCUCCAUACAAGUUUGUUCAUGUGCUGAAAGGAGUCGAUAUUUAUCCUGAAAACCUAAAUAGCAAAAAGAAGUUUGGAGGAGAUGACAAGAAUGAAGUAAAGAAUAAACCAGCUGUGCCAAAGAAUUCAUUGCAUCUUGAUCUUGAGAAGAGAGAUCUAAAUGGCAACUUCCCCAAAACAAACCUCAAAGUUGGCAGCCCUUCUGAUCCAGAGAAUGUGACCCCGAAGCUCUUUGUAGAAGGAGAAAAAGAGGCAGUUUCCCCUGAUAGUUUAAAAUCCAGCACUUCCCUCACUUCAGAAGAGAAGCAGGAGAAGCUGGGAACCCUCUUUUUCUCCCUAGAGUACAACUUUGAGAAGAAGGCAUUCGUGGUGAACAUCAAGGAGGCCCGGGGUUUACCAGCCAUGGAUGAGCAGUCUAUGACCUCUGACCCGUACAUCAAAAUGACCAUCCUCCCAGAGAAGAAGCAUAAAGUGAAAACCAGAGUGCUGAGGAAGACCUUGGACCCAGCUUUUGAUGAAACCUUCACAUUCUAUGGCAUUCCCUACACCCAGAUCCAAGAGCUGGCCUUGCACUUCACAAUCUUGAGUUUUGACAGGUUUUCAAGAGAUGAUACCAUUGGAGAAGUCCUGAUUCCUCUUUCAGGAAUUGAAUUGUCUGAUGGAAAAAUGCUAAUGAACAGAGAAAUCAUCAAAAGAAAUGUUAGGUCUUCAGGACGGGGUGAGCUACUGAUCUCCCUCUGCUAUCAGUCCACCACAAAUACUCUUACUGUGGUUGUAUUAAAAGCUCGACACCUUCCUAAAUCUGAUGUUUCCGGACUUUCAGAUCCCUAUGUCAAAGUGAACCUGUACCACGCCAAAAAGAGAAUCUCCAAAAAGAAGACUCAUGUGAAGAAAUGCACCCCCAACGCAGUGUUCAAUGAACUGUUUGUCUUUGAUAUUCCUUGUGAGGGUCUUGAAGAAAUAAGUGUUGAAUUUCUGGUUUUGGAUUCCGAAAGGGGGUCCCGAAAUGAGGUGAUUGGGCGGUUGGUCCUGGGUGCCACAGCUGAAGGAACCGGUGGGGAACACUGGAAGGAGAUCUGUGAUUUCCCCAGGAGACAAAUUGCCAAGUGGCACAUGCUCUGUGAUGGUUAGCGUCCUAUCCAUGAGUUGGAACUUAAGGGUUUUUACUAGGCAAGGAGCAAUCUUUUUUUUUUCUUUUAUGUGAUUGUAAGCUUGUGACACAGCAAGCCACCUUCUGUUGGUUAGAAAUGGAUUGAAUUAGUAGACCAGAAAGUAACUGUAAAUGUGAACAUGAUAAUUUCCCCCUUUAGUAGAGAAGUUGGAUAAAUUUUCAUAAGAUAUUCAAUUCCCCUGCAGGUUGUCCAGUAUUUUAAGUAGGGAUGGCCAAUUUUGGUCAAUCUUGUUGUGAACACUGCAUUACAAUCCAAGUCAUGGGUUGGAUCUAGAAGUGAUGAAAUCACUAGACCAUCACUGGAGGUCCAGGUGAUUUUUCAGAUUUAAAAAUGAAAAUCAUGCCUUCACUUAUGAAAAUUUAUCCAUUUUUUUCCUUCAGGUUGGGGAAAUCAAGUUUUCUUUAAAUCCAAAGAUAUUAAAGAAAUGUUUUCUAGUUUGUUUUCAUUAAUUAUGUCAAGUGCAAAUGGUUGUCCUGCAUAUCAAAGUAUCUGGUCAUUUCUCUUUGGUUUGUAAUUAUUUGAUACAAUUUUAUCAUAAGAGAAAUAACAGGUUCAUUUCCAAAGGACAGUGAACAAGCUGAGAAGUUAUUUUAUCAAAGGGCUGAGUUGAGAACACUGUGGCUGAAAUAUGAUUUUUUUUUCUCUUCUUUAAGGUUACAUGUGAGUCAAAAUGUAAAAUAUAACCUCACAUAAGAACCACGGCCUUGAAUUAUUCACUGCCUGUCACAAGCCUCAGUGUGACCUAAGAAACCCCUGUUUACCUUUGUGAAGUUGUCAGAUUAGCUAGUGGAUAAAGAAAUAAACUUCAGGUAGAGAUUCAAUUAGAGAAAUGGUUUUUUUGUAGGAGAUAUGUACAGUAUGCAAGUGUACUCUCAAGGCCAUCCUUUGUUCCCAGGUGGGCAUGGCCCUCUGCGUGUUCCUUUAAUUCAUUCUCCCCCAGAAAGGAUCAAGGUAUUUGAAAAGGGAAGGAAAAGAAGGGAAGGGAACAAAGGGGAGAGAAGAAGGAAGAAAGAGGAUGGAUGAAAGGAAGAAAGGAAGAAAAAAGGACUGUGAAGUUUUUUACGUGGCCAGAUUGAAACCAACAAACCAAGUAACAAGUCAAGAACAUAGAGAGUAAGCCUGACAUAAUUUACAUGUUCACAAAAUAUACUUAGGCUGUCAAAUUAGCACAACAAAGUGUGCUUUUCACUCUGUUUUCUAGGCUACUAGGUCUUGAGUUGUUGUCUGUAAAGCAGUUUAGAGACUUGUAUCUUGUACCAUUUUCCAGUACCAGGGUUCUGAAAUUCACUCAAAACCUGGUAGAGCAAAGCAGAGCCCUGUGAUUAUCUGGAAAGAAUUCACUGGAGGGUAAUGUCACAAUAUUUGAGUUUGGAGAGAAGGAUGACUGAAACUCGGGUACAGCUGCAUUAUUAAAUAUGCAAGUUAGAAAUAAAGUCUACUGAAAAAUUUACAUUUUGAGUCAGGUUUUGUGUCAGUACUUUAACAGUUUUUGAGGAUGUGUUUGAUAUCACAGUGUUUGUAAAUUCUAUGAACAUGCAUUUUCCUAACAACUUAUACAUGCUUUUUAUGACGAUGCCUAAUGUAAAGAAAAUGUAUUACAUUCUUUAUGUACAAAGAUUGAAAAUCAACCACUUUUUGUGCUUUAAGAUGACUUUGGGACUAAAAAUGAACAUUCCCCAGUCAUGUUCUUCAUUCCAUACAAAGUCAUUCCACAGCAUCUUGGUCCACUCAGCUUUUCUGUGAAAGCAACAUGAACUUCAGUCAGCGUGGAGUUUGGGGAUGCCAAAUGGCCUUUUCAUGUAUGUAUGUUUGGUACCAUGGGCCAUGGAAUAUGAUGCAUUUUGGAGCUCUGAAAAGUUAUGAGGAGUCAAUUUCCAGUAUCCUACACAGCAGCCAGAAGUCAAUGGCAGUACCAGCCUUCAGUAUGAGUAUUGGAAGAGGGCUUUUUUUUGUUUGUUUUUUUAAAGUGGAACAAUGAUGGAUGAAAAAUUGAAAUUACAAUGGAUGAUUUGUAAAUAGUUUUUAGUUUUCAAAAUUUAAAGUGUUUUGAGUGUGAAAAGUUGAGUAAAACUAUUUACAACAGGUUAUAAGAAAAGAAAGGAGAAAAGCAAGAAAGGAAUUGAAACAGGCAGGGAGACAUGUGAUCUCAUCAUUUUUGAAAAUUGUACUGUUUUAUAAUGUAUUACAAUAUCAAUGUGAAUAUCUUGAAUCGUUACAAAUCCUGCACUGUAUUAAAUAUGUAAAUUAAUUGUUUGUCUGAUUAGCCAAUCUAACCACCCUCAUGGGGAGGUAUCCAUGUUUGAAGAACUGUGUAACUCAGUAACUGACUUGUUCUGAUGUUGUAGCUCAAUAGAAGUGAUUUGGAAGGAAGCAUGGUUUAUGAGACGGUGUCUGUUCUUUUGUGCCAGCUCUGUAUGAUGUUUGUAAGACCAUGUUUGUAAGACAUGAAUAAAUUGCUGCUUUUGCCCAACCCAUUUCAACUUAGACUUUCUGCCAAUGGACUCUUUAGUGAGCCUUCUCUUACAGUUAUAUGAGCUUUCAAGCUUCUCUGAUAGAUCAUCUGUUGUACUUUAGGGAAAUUUAGGGACCGAGUACCAAGAUUUUCCAAAGACUUUUAUUUUGUUUAAUGCUUAACAAUUAUCUGGAACAGAUAUAAUCAAACAGAAACUAAACAAGUGCAGGGUGUGAUGGCUCAUGCCUAUAAUUCUGACAACUUGGGAGGCUGAGACUGUCUUUAAAUAAGAUAUAAAAAGGACUAGGGAUGUGACUCAGUGGUUAAAUGUCCCUGAGUUCAAUCCCCCAUCCAAAACAAAAACAAAACCCCCCAAAUCUCAUAUGCUUCUGGGAGAAAAGACAGGAACAUACUGAAAGUAUUGUCUUAGCCUCUCCUGCAUUGAUAGGCCAUUUAUACAAUGGAGAAUCCACAAAGACACAUGAUCCUUGAAUGGGAAAUAGACCUAAGUUUCAUCUCCAAAUUGUUCCCCCUGACCCAGGAUGCAGAUGAUACUGACGGUGCCAAUGCUGCUGCUGCUGUAUUACCUCCAGCACUAAUACCACCACCUUAUAUUGGGAUGACUUAUUUAAAGUUAUACUUCACUUAAAGGGGAAUCUUUCUGUGACAUUCAUUGAUGCACUCCCAAGAUCUGUUAUGUAGCUGACUGAAAUAUUUGCUGGAUUAAAAUUUAAAACUCAAUAGUAGAACAUAUUUUCUAAUUUAUGUCUUCUCAUUUCACAGCACAACACAAGAUGUAGAUAACAGUCCUCUAAGUUUACUGAUAAUGAAGAUAAAUUUCAGUUUACCAUCUAAUUUUAAACUACCCAGUGGCAAAAUUGAAGCUACCUGAAUUCAAAAUUGCUGCUUUGUGAACAGUAUCAGACAGACCUGCUUCUAAGCAAGCACAGUAUCAUAUGUUUUGCUUCUUUCACCCAAAUUCUUAUGAUAAUGUCACAUACAUGGCAAAUACUGAAAAUUCUGAAAAAUACUGGUUGAAAUAAUUCCAUAGAGUGUUGUUGUUUUGUUGUUGCGUGUUUUUUUAAGCACAGAUCAGUAACAAGAAGGUGGUAGAAACAGAAGCUAAAGUGCAUGGGGUCUCCACUACAAGUUUUUAAGGACUAUUAUCUGUUUUCUUGAACAACCAUAUUUGAGAGUCUAUCCAGACAACAGCUCUAUGCCAUCUUGUAUAUCUUGACUAUCAGUGUCAAUCAAUCCAGUGGUAAUAACUGUGUGAGACUAAAUCACAGCUUAGCAGAAAAGGGAUGGCUAAGACUAUCUGUGAAAUGGGAAGCUUUCCCAAGCCUAAUAGGAACACUUCUAUUCAUUGUCUCAUGAGUAAAAUUACAUAGAUCUUGAAUUUUUAUGUUGAUGAAAUAUGAAUUGAUAAAAUACUUUUAAAGUUGACUUCUCUCUUAUUUAAAAUAUUUUCAUUGUUCUCUCUACCUUAAUGGAUAAAAGCAUGAGCUCUAUAUUCAGACUCCCAUAUUAUUACUCUUGGCUUCAUUUGUUAUUAACUGUGUGAGGUAUGUCUCACUAUUAAACAUUUCUAUAUCUCAGUUUCUUCUUUUAAAAAAGGGAUGAUAAUAAUUCCACACUCUUCCACACUCGCAAAAUAUCUCAAAUACACAGAAGGAUAGGAAGGAAUAUCAUUAGUUCA